AUGGCGUUUUGGUUCAUACCGUCCGGUAAGCGAAUUUUCCUCGUAAAUUUAUUCAUUAUCUUUAGUGUAUAAAAAGAAAAUCUCACACGUCAAACCGAAAUGGGAAUUUAAUGUUGCAACUAUCAUCCCAAACCGUUUUAGAGCUAACCGGGUUCAACCGAAUCAAUUGCCGUAAAGAAAGCCGAAAUUUGUCAAUGUUCUUUCUAUUCUAUCGCCUCACGUGAUGUAAAAUUUUAUUAUUAUUCCGUUGGAAUUUCAUUUGUCACAAAAUGUUUUUAACAUUUUGAAUAUUUGAAAAAAAGAUUAUAUUAAAGAAAACUGACCGUGGCGUUAAUCAAAAAAGAAAACAUUAUUGCUUCUUGUUACGGAACACUCUAUCUAGCAUGCAGGGGCUACAAAAUAAAGGAGCUGCUAAGGGGCAGGGAUAGGAUGCUAUUAACAAAAAAAUAGGUGAUGUAACAAAAAAAAGGUCUAAUUCUGGCAGUCCGACACUGAGAUAUGUCAAUAUCAAAAGAGCGAGAACUUUCCAGUUAAUAAUUUUAAAGCAUUCUGGCCAUUGUAAUAAAGACGCUAUCAGAGCACUUGAAUAUAGUUUUAUUGUAGUAUAGGUUUUCAAAAACAGGAAAACAAUUCUUUUUUAAAGAAGAAGACAACGAAUUAUCAUUUCUUUCCUUGUCCGUAUUUUGUAAUAAUUCUGUUGCUAAGUACACUGUGUCUGUUAUUUAUAUAUUUUAAUCAGCAAAUUACUGAAAAAUAAUUAAUUCUUAAUUGUCAAUAAAAAUUCACUCCUUUUUUAACUCUGGGCAUGUAUGCAAUGAUGACUUCAGUUGUUCUAAAUGCUCCAGGAACUUGUUGAAGGCCAUCUAGAAUGCCCCUAUAGAGCUCCAAAAUUCAUUUUUUAAAAAACAACUUUACAGUAGUCUUAUAUUUUUUUUGUCAUACUAGAGCAAGUUGACUCUUUUCGAAUUUAUUACUAAUUUCUUAUAAUUUUCCAAAAAUUCUGAACUACUUGAAUCUUUAGCGAAAAUGAGAGAUACCCCUUUCAGUCACUAUUUUUUAAACCGAAAGUUUACAGUGCGACUACGCGAACCGGAACACUUGGAAGAAGAUUAUCCAAUCCCAACGUUUCUUGAAAACAAAAGAUUCGCAAGUUUUUUGUGCAAACGGACCAAAACAAUUUAAGGUUUAAGAACCUAAAUGACCUCUCAGGAAACAGUCCUCAAAUUUAUGCACUCACGUUAAUGGUCCGUUUGCAAAAAAGCUUGAGAAUCUUAAACGUUGUGAUUGGAUUAUCUUCUUCUAUAAGUACCCCAAUGGCUGCUCUGCAAUGACGUCCGGCGUUAAACUGUGAAGUGUUGAAAAUUCUGUCAACCAUCUAACUGGCUGGCUCUAAUCUGUUGGAAAUGGCUCUCGUUAGAAGAGUUUAUGUACAUGCUUUGGAUUGUUUACUAAAACUCAGAUGCAAUGCAUUAAGUUUUUCUUAUUUUAUUAUUAAAAAUACUUUGCCCUUGAUUUCUUAUGACGGAUAGAGGCUUGUUUUUCAUCGUCCUUCCGUCAUCUAGUGAUUAUCAAUAUACUUAAAGAACGACUAACAAUUAUGUCUCACUUAUUAAGUAUAUUAUUCUGUGGGAGAUUUUCUAGGAAGUUGUGGCUUGCUACCUUUUCGGAUUCCUAAUUUAACUUAUAAAAAUUAUCCGAUUUACCCCGAUAAAACGUUCGUUCAACAUUUGAGUCCGCAUUAGAAAAAAAGGUAAAGCUUGGCGAGAAAUAUCCUCAGUUUAUAAAUAGAGCUAUUGACUAGAAUUCAGAGAACAAACAAAACCGAGAGGGUGGUCGGCGUGCAAAGUAACUUCUCGCGCGUAUUGUGUUGUCUCCUUCUGAGUAGGCAGUUCCCUCUCAGGGUUUGUUGCUGAUUAAUAAAAUACCUUUUAUAUUUUAUCUGUUGUCUCUUAGGGUACGUUCCCGCGACAGUAUUCUUGGUUUUCAUCAUAAUAAUUUUAAUUGGUCUCCUUGCAACAUACUACUGCCUGAGCAAGGAGCUAUGCCCAUGUUCCAAGAUGGAGCCCGUCCAAAACAAGGGCGCGGGCUACGAGGAACUAGGGGAGGAACCCGCUGCAGAUAGUGGUAAUUCAGAGGAAGAAGAGGAAGAAGUAGCUGCCUCGGAGGAGGAAGAGAAAGAUGGUGGCCCGCAGAGGGAUCAGGAACUUCCCCCGGAAACACUGAAAAUGUUCGGAACCGACGAGGAAGUUCAAAAGAGCGUGUCAGCAUACGGUGAUAUUCAAGUAGAUACGGGACUGAAGGAAGUCGAUCGGGUCCCAGUUUACGGCACUGUUCAUUUACAGUUAGGCUAUUCACCCAAUGUUGGUCGCUUGACGGUCACUAUUUUAGAUGCACGCGAUGUUCCCGGCAAAAGUCGAGGAGGCAGCUCACAUUGUCGCUUUCAUCUUCUUCUACUUCCUUCGCGCAAACAGCGCUUUAAAAGCAAGACGCGUUCCACAGCAAAUCCUAAAUUCGACGAGAAGUUUGUCUUUGAUCGCAUCUUACAGCAGGACUUGUUUAGAAUGGCCAUCAGAAUCAGACUUUAUGGACAUGAUAAACUCGGAAAGGAGAAACUGAUCGGUGAACAUCUUUUUCAGCUGGCGGAUGUGGCCCAAUCAAAGGAUAAGAAGUUGGAUGUAUGGAGAGACCUAAGGGCUAAUCUGUCCGGAAGCACCACGCCUUAAUGUUAAGGACUACUAUUCUACAUUUUUCUGUAAUAACGGCCAUUAGGGAAUUUUUAGGCUGCGAAAACAGCCGUCUCUCUCCUCGCUCCUUGCCGCUUGAAACGUCCCUUGUGGCAAGUAGCGUGGUGAGUCGACGGCUCUUUUCGCGGGCUAGGCAAUUUCCAACUUAUUAACAUAAUAUAAAAACCUUUGAAAGCGAUGAAUAUUUUAGUACCUUAAAGGGGCACUGUCAUGUUAUUUGCUAUCUUUUUAAGAAGCUACAUGAACUCGUCUUCGAUCAAUUCAGUUGCAAAUUGGAGUAAUGGUCUAGUCAGUUUGUUAUUCUUAAAAUGACGAUAUUUGACACUAGCCUGAAACUGUCUCCCGUUGUGUAAUCUGUUGCAAUGGACGUCAGGGAUGGCUUCAAACUUGAAACGGUUGGGCCAACCUUUUCAAGUUGAACAAUAUACCUGCAAACCCAAAAGAAUAUUCCUGAUAAAAUAGGCCAAUCCGAGUUCCAAAUACUCUUACUUUUAAAACUUGACUAAGAGCAAAACCUUUCUUGUCAAAAUGAGUUUAUCUGCAUGAUUCUAAAAAAUCAUUUCCAUAUCAAUAGCUUGGUUCUUAGCCUCACUUUGAAACAGAGGCUUGCGGUAACCCGAAAAUGGCUUAUUUGUUUGAUAUCUUUUCUCAUUUUACAGCAGCAUUUUAUUUAUGGGUUAAGGCCAGAAUUGACCUAAAACAGCAAUAUCCUCGUGACAUACCUCCUUUAUUUUCAUGCGAGAUUAUUUUGAGUUGUAGCGCAAUGAUGGGCUCGUUGUUAAAGAAAAGAUACGUAAAGAAAACCAGGCCAGGCCACUGUGAUGCGUCGACUGCCAUGCAGACUCCCUCCAAAUAUAAAACCGUUCACUUAAGUUGCAUUUGUAAGAGAGAACGUGCAGCCUGAUCUAGGGCUUCUUUGAUUCUUGGCCUACUGUCUUCGUACGCAGAGAUCACAGGCUUCUCGUUCUUAGUGGGCAGUUGGUCGCGGGGCGAAACUCUGGUGUCAACGGAUUUGGAGAAAAAUAAAUCUUGAAGUAAAUAAAUUCUCAGUUGAAAUACUACGACAAUGAAAGGUUGAAAAUCGUCUUCUGAUUAGGAUUCGUUAGGGAAGUGUUCUUUAUAAACAACCAGAACAAAAAAAUAUAUAUUAUUUCUCCCCGUCUUUGGGUAAGCCUCUAUACCCGUCUGUGGAUAUCAUGUUCAUCCGCUGACCUAAAAGCUUCAGAGCUCUGAUGGUUCCGUUGGAAAAGAUAAUGGCGGCUGGUGUUUGUAAUAAAUAGGCAGUCAUUUACACGAUUUCACCAGCUCAAG